ACAAAUCGCAUUCCCAGGCCAGCAACCCCGGCGUCUAGGCUCCCUUAAAAGACUCGCGUAGCACAGCUACAGGCGCCAACCAGGGCAAUUUGCAUGCGGCUCGAACGUGCACAUAUAUCGCGCUGUGCAUAUGCCAGAAUUCACGGGACCAACGACCGUAGAUCAUCUACCUAAUAGUAAUAAAGUUACCUUCAUCACUCAAUCGGUUUGCUAGUAAAAAUUCGUUCGAGGGUAGUUAUUUGGAAUCACCAUGUCUCAGGCUGCAAAGCGCCCACAUGUUGCAGAUGAUGAACAUGACAGCGAGCAUUACUUUCAGAUGGCCCAGUACAAGGUUGUCACGGCCAACACGUUCUUGGACCACUGCAGCAAGCUUCACAUUGAAUCUCGUCCUGGCAAUGUGCGCAACUCUGGAAUCGUCUGCACAAUCGGACCUGCUUCCCGUAGUGUAGACACUCUAAUGGAUAUGAUCAAGAAUGGCAUGAACAUUGCUCGUAUGAACUUCUCACAUGGAUCCCAUGAGUACCAUGCAGAGACGAUAAAAAAUGUUCGUGAGGCUGAGAGGCGUCUCACCCAGUUGCGUACAUGCAGUAUUGCUGUAGCUCUUGACACAAAGGGACCAGAGAUCAGAACUGGACUCUUGUCAGGUGGAGGUUCGGCUGAGAUAAAGCUGGAGAGUGGAAAGACAAUCCGCCUAAGUUUGAACAAAUCUGACGCCGAGUCUGGUACUGCAGAGAAGAUCUACGUUGACUAUCCAAACAUGAGAAAGGUCCUAGAUGUGGGAGGCACUGUGUUUGUUGAUGAUGGUUUGAUUGCUCUUGAAGUUACUGAAAUUGGUUCUGACUACCUAGACUGCAGGAUUGUCAAUGGAGGCAUGCUUGGUAGUAGGAAGGGUGUUAAUCUACCCAAUGCUGAAGUAGACUUGCCUGCACUCUCAGAGAAAGAUAAGGGGGAUCUCAAAUUUGGUUUAGAAAAUGGGGUUGAGAUGGUGUUUGCAUCCUUCAUCCGCAAGGCUAGCGAUGUUGAACAGGUGAGAGAGGUAUUGGGUGAACAAGGAGCUCAUAUCAAGAUCAUCAGUAAGAUUGAGAACCAGGAAGGUGUAGCCAAAUUUGAUGAGAUCUUGGAAGCAAGUGAUGGUAUCAUGGUUGCCCGUGGUGACCUCGGUAUUGAGAUCCCCCCAGAGAAGGUCUUCCUAGCUCAGAAGAUGAUGAUCAGUAGAUGUAACAAGAUUGGUAAACCUGUCAUCUGUGCUACUCAGAUGUUGGAGAGUAUGGUGAACAACCCUCGUCCCACCAGGGCAGAGACUAGUGAUGUUGCCAAUGCUGUUCUUGAUGGUGCAGACUGUGUCAUGUUAUCAGGAGAAACAGCAAAGGGCAAAUACCCAGUGGAAGCUGUUAGCAUGAUGCACAGGAUCUCCAGAGAGGCAGAGGCCGCAGUGUUCCAUAGGCAGCAGUUUGAGGAACUGACCAGGGAGGUUGAUAUGCCAACCAGUGCUGGUUUGACUGUAGCCAUUGCAGCUGUGGAAGCAUCUUAUAAAUGCUUGGCUGGUGCAAUCAUUGUACUCACCAAGACUGGAAGGUCUGCCCACAUGAUUUCCCGCUUCCGUCCUCUUGCCCCUAUCCUGGCAGUGACCCGUAACCAAGUCAUUGCUCGUCAGAUCCAUCUCCAUCGUGGCUGCUUUCCUCUCCUCUACCCCUACCCCGAGGAAGAGGACCGCAUCUGGUCUGAGGAUAUUGACAACCGUGUCAAGUUUGCCGUAGAGGUCGGCAAGGGCAGGAAGUUCUUUGAAGAUAACACCCCCGUCAUUGUAGUAACUGGUUGGCGAUCAGGUGCAGGCUUCACCAACACCAUGCGCAUCAUUUACUCUUAGAGAGAUACCUUUGAUAGAUAGGAAAAUCCAAAGAAAUUAUAUAUGCAGAUUUUAUCCUCUCAAUAUACAAUCUCAACCCUUUACUCUGUCAUUUGCUUUAAGUAAUGACCUCCAUGUGUCUUAGAUUGAAACACUUUUAGUAUAGAUAUUGGUGGUGAUUGUAAAAAGAUUUAAUAUUUGUUGCACACAGAAAAGUAGGUGUCAAACAGGGUUACAUUUACUGUUUAUUUUUCUGUUGGUAGCUAUGUUCAGCAGCAACAAACAAAUCCAUGACCUGUGACUGAUUUGGUAUUUGUGGAAAAUGUGGCUCCAUAUUUUGUCAUUUGAUGGUGAGGACUUGGCUUUCCUCUCAGGUAUAUAAUAUAGAGAACAGGUGUUCUUGUAGAAAUAUGAUUAAGUGGUACUUUCAUGAGUAUUUAAGAAUACACCUUCAUUGACAUCGUGGUAUAUUCAAUCCAUAAUUUACAUCUUAUAUGUUAUCCCAUACUGUCUGUUUUACCCAUAUGUUAUGAAAUAAUCAUGGUGAAACUGUAAGCACAAAAGUGCGCAAGGUAUAUGUUCCACAAUUUGUUAAUGUUUUGGAGACUACCCUCUAAUCUUUGCAACAAGGUAUUUCAGAGCAACAAUAGCUUUGAAUAUGUAUUACUUCAUGAGCAUAUACAUGUAUCUGUGUUGACCCCAGUUAUAUGGGUCAUUUGGAUUUUUAUCCAUCUAAAAUUAAACAAUGACCAAUAUAGAUGAUAAUGGUGAAACUAAGCACAAACAGUUUUAAUGUAUAUCGUAUUUUUAAACAGUAUUUUUUGGAGUAUUGGAGAAUUGUCAUUUUCUUUGCAGUGUUCCAGAAGAAAAACUAGCUAGAAUGCCUGGUGUCAAGAAAAUAACUUUUGGUUAUACAUGUUGUGCCAAACUUAGUUUGAAGUUAUUUUUUAUUUUUUGCACUUUGUUGUUUGUUUAUUUAUAAGGAUAUGAUCCACCUGAAUAAUAUGUUUGAUCAAUCUACCUUGGUUGAAUGCUAGCUUUAAGCUUUUUAUUCAGAUUUUUUUUAUAUAAUGAAAAAUUGAUAAUCAUCCAUCUCAUGAAUAUUUACAUACCAAGUAUCUCUUUACUUGAAUUCUAUAAAUUUGCAAGAUAACCUUUAUGAAAUGAAGGUCGGGACCCUGUAAGAAAUAUUUACUUUUAUUUGCUGAAAUUAACAUGUAUUCUGUACAUGCAAUACUGGGAGUCAGAUAUUUGUAUGGUUUUGAUGUUUAAAUUGACAUGCCUGGUUAUUGUUGACGUCUGAGCAAGUUUAAGUGCUAAUAUCGGACUGAAGUAAAAGAUGUCACAGUUGUUACCAUGGAGUAAUUGAUCAAUUUUCACAGUCAAGCUAUCUGAAUUCCCUUUGACUGAAAUAAUUUUAAUUGAAGAUCUUCUCUUGAUACCAUUAUAAGUCCAAACACUUGGAAACCUUAUCAGAAGUAUACUUUAUAUUGAGAAUGAUGCUGAGAAUUGAAAUGGGCUUCAAUGGGAUGUGGAACAGGGCCCCUGUAUGAAAAGAAACUUGAAAAUUGUGAACAUAUGCAUUCAUAUUGCAGCAAACAAAGUCUUGAUUGGGAUAGAAUUGUUCGUUUUUCCAUAAAUCAUACAUACAUGUACAUGUCCCAUUAACAUGAAGUGUGCUAUAAAUACCCAAACUGAAGUUGCUUUCUCUUCUCCAAGUUACUAUAUUGUCCUUUUGGAAUUCCCAUUUUCAAGAAUGGAAAUUACCAGUUGAAUCUGACAGCUGCUUCUUUGUUAGAAUUCCUGUUAAGUAUCAGUACAUGUGUAACCCAUGUGAACCUCUAUAUUUUUUGAAGCAUGUGCAUGUUAGUUGCAAAACGUGUGGUUAUUUUGGAAUAGGUUAUUGGAAGUUACAUGUGUUGAUGUGGUACACAAGACCUGAUGUGCGAUGAAAAAAAAAACUGCCAGAUAUGAGCUUGUGGUUCUUUGAAGGCAAUAAAUGCUAAA